UCUUCCAUUUUGUUGUUUACGCCUAGAUAUAUACACAAAAAGAAAAAGAAAUGAGUGCAGAAGAAAUUGAGUCUUACAAGUUUCAAUUAGAACAAGUGGAACUUGCUUUAGCGUCUGAUCCCGAGAAUGAAGAGUUGACCAAGUUGCAACAUGAUUUAAAAGAAUUGAUUCAAAUGUUUGAAGCAGCUCACGCCAUGUCUCAACAAGAACAGGAACAACAACAAAAACCCGCUGUGCCUCGUUCUGUGCCCAGUACAGCAUUAAAGAACCAUGAAUUUGCAGUAGAUCAAGAAGUGAUGGCGCGUUAUUCGGGUGAUGGUCAGUUCUACAAGGCCACCAUUACAGCUAUCGGAGGUGCCGAUCAAGUCUUUUCUGUAAAAUUCAAGGGUUAUUCGGAAUCGGAAUUUGUCAAUGCCGACGACAUUAAACCCAUCACGGAUAAAAAGCGAGUCGGUAUUUUUGAGAAUGUGGAAGGAGCCAACAAUGGCAAUAAAAACAAAAAGAGAAAGGAGAGUGCAGUCACUGGUAGUAAGGACGCCAGUGUGCCUAAUGCACCCAAGAAGAAAAAGGCAGUUGAAUUUGAGAAUAAGAAGAAUGCCUGGUUAAAUUUCGCUACUGGCAGCAGCAAAAAGAAGAAGACCACACCCAUCAACAAAAAGAGCAUAUUCAAGACACCCGACAACCCUGAGGGCAAAGUCGGUGUUGUGGGAAGUGGCAAGGGAAUGACAACGUAUCAACAGCGAGGAAAGCAUAUUUAUUCUGCCUCGAGUACAGAAGAAAGUUAACGUGUGUAACGAUAAAUAAAAAUUUAAAAAGGGACUUGGUUUUUUUUUGUGGGGGGAGGGGGAAAAAAUAAAUCUCCACACACAAAUAAUUUCUUUUUUUUUUUUUUUCUCUCUC